AUGUAUGUGUGUACAACAACAGUCAUUUGCAUCCUGUCAGCAGGCAGCGCAGCGCCUUUGCCAACUGAGCUGACGGACGAUAGUAAGCAUAGGCAGUCGCUCAGCUCCCAGCGAUUGGUCAGAGUGGCACUCUGCAGCUGCAGUUUCAGGUCGUUGGUGGGACAAUGA